GGCUAAAUAAACUAAAUGUGAAAAUUAACAAAUAUUGAAAUAUUAGAUUCUAAAUAUUGGUGUUUCCAUUCGCCCUACGACGCAGUAGUCACAAACAGGCAUCGACGAAGGCCAAACAGCUUUUCUAAAUAUUUAUGUAUGUAUGUAGGUACAUACGAAUCGGCUUGCCUGUGUCUGUUUCUGUACUAGACUCCAUGCCGUUUCACCCUGCACGUUGUUCGCCUGCUAAUGCGGGAGGUAAUCAAAGAUACAACCAAAACGUGUACUACAUACAUAUGUAUUUCGGCGAGUAUCGAUAAGUGAGCGCUCCGCCAUUUGUUUUCCACUGUUUCUAAAGUUGUAGCCAUUUUAUAAUUUCCAGCUUCUAUAUGUCCAUGCAUUUUUUGUGUAUGAAUUAUCUGAGAGCCGCCUGUUCAUAGGCACACUUUACCUGCUCACAGGCUCGUUCGCUGCGUUGCACCUUAGUUACCUUGACUCCUGUUGGCGGAAUACCGCUGCAAUUCUACACCGUCUUACAUUCUAUUGUAGUUAACCUAAAAGGCUAGGUACUUACUUAGGUACCUUGAGUUGAUGGUUCGUAUCUGCAAACAUAUCUUUGCCUAGGAACAUACAUAUGUUCAUCAGGUAGUGUAAUGACAUAAGGGAUUGUUGUUAAACUGAGAGAUCAUUUACUUGGAAUAAGUAGGGCUGGAAAAACAGGUAGGGGAAAUCUGUUCAUGAGGUUACAAGGAAAUGUUAAUGCAGAGUUAACAUCAGUUGACUAAGGUGUCUGCUAGUUGAAGGUUAGUUGCUCUUUGAUUUUCUUCGGAGACUUAUACAUUUUGGUUUGCCGUUAUUGACAGCUUGGAUACAAAUACUCCUUUAUAUUUGUAACAGCAUUUGAACAGUUCAUCUUUGUUUUUCUUCGGAGGCUUGCACGUUUUUGAUUGCCGUUAUUGACAGCUUGGAUACAUCUACUAUCUAUUUGCUACAACAACACAAGAAACGAAAGUGACAUCGCAAGGUUUGCCAGCAACAUUGUGAGAUCACUGAUCGACGAAGUGCUACGAAUUUGUGCAUCAGUAAUACUAAAACUAUGCGAUAAAUAUAAUACAUAUAUCUAGAUGUAGAUGUAUAUUAUUUAAUUCAAAAUAAAUUACAGACGAUACACAUACAUAUGUAAUAGUGUGAUCAAUUGCAUUUACGAUAUGAUACAAAAAUAACUUAACACCAUAACUGCAAAGUAUAACAUUGUUGCGGUGCUUUACAAAGUGACAAUUGAAACGGAUUGCGCAAGGAAGGUCAUAAUUAUAAUAAGAAAAGUAAAAAAACUUUGAAUCAAUACAAGAAGUGUCGUUAUUUUAGAAUAAAUUAAAAUGCAAGCGGUCAAGUCGAAAUUCGCGAAAAUGUUAAAUGUUUCAAUGCCGAGGAGAACAGUGUUGCAGAACGUCGCAGCGGCUGUUGCUUCUAUGGUGUUAUUGUCGUGGUUACGCCUUCGUCCCAUUAGUAUUUUCUUUUUGGCACUUUUCUUGUUUUGGAUAUACAAGACACGCUGCAAUUUCCGCAUCGUUCCACCGCCCGAAUUGCAGGAAAAGUACGAACGUAUAAAACGAUUUCGAGAAGAAAACAAAGCCAUGUUUACAGGAGUUGCCAGUGUGUCCUGUGUCAUUCUGGGCAUAUCCGGAUUCGUAUUAGGAGGGUUCGCAUUGAUCUUCGUUCUUGUCAUCACAGCGAGUGCAUUUAAGUGGGAGCUGGUGCGAGAAAAUGAAGAUGAUGAAGUAAACGCGACACAAUCUGAAACAGACUACGACGAAUUUGUUCCUGAUGUGAACACUGAGAACCUCGCCUUAUUGGAGGAUGCAAGCGAUUUAGACACUUCACAUGGAGAAGAUUACAAAAAUGAUGAUGAUAUACCUCAAGAGCUUUUAAUAUCCGAUUCCCUGCCAGAGUACAGUGAAAAUUCAACAGAUGACGAUGAUGAUAUGAUACCAGUCAUUAACAUUAAAGAGCUGAAUGCGGAUCCCUUAGCGCAAGCACACAAUGUGCAUUACAAAAGGUGUCACUUCAAAUCUGACUCAUCGCGGUCAACCUCUUCGUCAUCAUCUGAGGAGGAGAGUUUGUCGAAAGGUUUGAAAUUCCCCGACUACGCAAAAGACGACGAAGUUGAUCGAAGUAAGCGUGUAACGGACAUAGCAAAAGCUCCGGCGGGAGGGAGUGAUCUAGGGGCGGCUUUGGCGUUACAAGCAGCAACGACCCAGUCGCUACUAGAAAACAGCGGCAAACUUUUAGUUGGGCUAAUGCAGUGGAGCGGCGCAAGCAAUACCACUAACGCCGUAGCGGCAGCCGCUGCCGCCGCCGCCACAGUAGCACAACAAGAAUUGAGCUCGUCCGAAAGCGAGUUCGAGAUUAUAGAAAAUGAAUAAGGAUGGCGCUAGAAACAGAGUUAUUUGGAUGUUAUGAGUUACUUACAUAUAAUUGAUCCAAAGAAAUUCAAAAAAAACCAUUAAACAAACAAAGAUGAUAAAUAUCAAGAGUGGAGCACAUUUCAGUGCACUUAUUUCUGGGUGCACUUCUUUAAACCUUUGAAUUUGAAAAUAUGCAUAAUCGUAUUUUUGUUUCGCUUUUCGCUUAGUAGAAUGUAUUUAAAAAAAAAACUUCAUUUCAAUUGCUUGAUGUUCAUUGAAGACACCUAGCGACGGGUCCAUCGAUACUCAGCGCUAGUUUUUAUGAAACACCAAUCGACUGCUCACACAUAUGCGUAUAAUUUUAGUAGAUAGCGUUAAUUAAUUUUUUUGUUUUUUUACAAAUAAUUCACUUUAUUAUAUAAUUUGUGCGCACGUCUGUGGUAUAGGAAAAUGUUACAUGCCGACAUCGUUUGUCGUCGGAGCGUUCGUUGAUAAUUCGUUUGUACUUACCCUGCAUCUAAGUAAUUAAAUGCAUUAGCGAUCGGUUGAAAAAGCAACCGUUUGACGCCAAAUUAUGCAGAUAAAUUCUACCAGCUUAAGGAAUUAUCCGAAAGACUUGUUUUGAUAUUCAAAAAUGGCGAUACGACGGCGCCUAGAGCAAAUGCAUACAGACAUACAUACAAAUACAACCACCCACUUACGAACCGGUUUACUUACACACACACAAAAUUGAUCUCAGUUUUAAGACAAUACACACAAAGUCAUAGGAAAUUUACAGUAAACUUAUUGAAGUGCUCUUUAAACUCUACGAAUAAAUAUAAGAUAUAAUUCGGCUAAUGCAUUUAGCGAUUUUAUUUCACAGCAAUGAGAAAAUUUGAUUUCGAUGCAAUGAGAAAAUUUGAUUUCGAUACAAUGAAAAAAUUUGAUUUCCAUGCAAUGAAAAAAUUUGAUUUCGAUGAAAUGAAAAAAUUUGAUUUCGAUGCAAUGAAAAAAUUUGAUUUCGAUACAAUGAAAAAAUAAAAACAUUAAAUUUCAUAAUAGGAUUGAGUGAAGUCAUCAAUUCUGCGAAGUUUCUGCAAUACUACUUUUUUGACUCGCCCAACUUUUGCUUUAAACCCAGAAAAUGUCUAAUCUUUCGUAUACAAAAAAUUUAUAUUUUAAUUAAAUUGAAUUCUAAAGCUUUAGCUGGAAAAUUUGAUUUCGAUACAAUGAAAAAAUAUAAAAACAUUAAAUUUCAUAAUAGGAUUGAGUCAAGUCAUCAAUUCUGCGAAUUUUCUGCAAUGCAACUUUUUCGACUUGCCAACUUUUGCUUUGAAACCUGAAAAUGUCGAGUCUGUCGUAAAAAACAAAAAAAAAAUUUUUAAAUUAAAUUGAAUUCUAAAGCUUUAGCUAGAAAAUUUUUAUUCAUUAAAUUAAAUUAAACUUUUCUAAAAUUAAAAAAAAAAUAAAAGCAUUAAAGUUGAUGAUUGGAUUAAGGUAGUAGUCCGGUGUAACGACCGAAAUUUCGACGUUUUUUCAUGAAUCUUUUUAAAAAGAAAAUAAAAUGCGAUCGUUUUAAAGUUUUUACAUGUUUUUAUUGGUGUUUUGAACUAUGUAUAAAAAAAAUGUUUUAAAGUUAAUUUUAUAUUAAUUUGUUUAAAAUUUUUGACGUCAAAGUGGAGUCCUUAAACAAAAUAUGAGUUGGUUCGGGGAAACACACAGCCUUCCAAAGUCAUCUGAAAUAAAAAAUUCAAAGAGAUUAUUAGAUCUGUAGACUUUAUUUUAGGUCCCGAACCUAAAAUAUACAUAAAAAUAAAAAUAAAAACAAAAUGGCGGACUUGUGAAAAAAAUUUUUUUUCUUCAUAAAUUGUUUAAAUUAAAUAGUUAAUUGUUAAAAAAUUAAAUGUUUUAAAGGUUCGGGAUUUAGAUAUGUGUGUCUAGAAUUACGGAUUAAAUUUUUAGCCAAAUCGGUUGAAUACUUUUGAGUCAGUGAUUCCCCGAAAUUUCGAAAACAUGGUUUUGAGAAAAACGCGUUUAAAGUUUCGACAGCAGCUGCUGCUGGCGUGUCACACGGUUUCAUACACACUACGGCGCGCCCUCUUAUUUUAGCUUUAACUUAAAAAAUAAUUAAAAUUUCUGUCUGAAAUGUUUAUAGUAUAUUUUUAAGAUGUUUUUCUCCCGAAAAAUGUAAAAAACAAAAUUGAUUUUUUGAACCCGUCACACCGGGCUGCUACCUUAAGUCAAGUCAUAAAUUCUGCGGAUUUUCUAUAAUACAACUUUUUUUGACUCGACCAACUUUUGCUCUGAAAUCAGAAAAUGUCUAAUCUUUCGUAAAAAAACAAUAUAUUUAAAUUAAAUUGGAUUCUAAAGCUUUAGCUGGAAAAUUUUUAUUCAUUAAAUUAAAAUAAAUUUUUCGAAAAUUCGGAAAAAUAUAAAAGUAUUAAAUUUAAUGAUUGAAUUAAGUCAAGUCAUAAAUUCUGCGGAUUUUCUACAAUACAAUUUUUUUGAUUCGCCCAGCUUUGAAACCAGAAAAAGUCUAAUCUUAAAUGUCGAGUCUGUCGUAAGAAACAAAAAAAAAAUUAAAUUAAAUUGGAUUCUAAAGCUUUAGCUGGAAAAUUUUUAUUCAUUAAAUUAAAAUAAAUUUUUCGAAAAUUCGGAAAAAUAUAAAAGUAUUAAAUUUAAUGAUUGAAUUAAGUCAAGUCAUAAAUUCUGCGGAUUUUCUACAAUACAAUUUUUUUGACUCGCCCAGCUUUGAAACCAGAAAAAGUCUAAUCUUAAAUGUCGAGUCUGUCGUAAAAAACAAAAAAAAAUUAAAUUAAAUUGGAUUCUAAAGCUUUAGCUGGAAAAUUUUUAUUUCUCAGCAAUUAAAAAAUAUAAAAACAUAAAAUUUCAUAAUUGGAUUGAGUCAAGUCAGCUAUUCUGCGCGUUUUCCAAAUCGGUUGAAUACUUUUGAGUCAGUGAUUCCCCGAAAUUUCGAAAACAUGGUUUUGAGAAAAACGCGUUUAAAGUUUCGACAGCAGCUGCUGCUGGCGUGUCACACGGUUUCAUACACACUACGGCGCGCCCUCUUAUUUUAGCUUUAACUUAAAAAAUAAUUAAAAUUUCUGUCUGAAAUGUUUAUAGUAUAUUUUUAAGAUGUUUUUCUCCCGAAAAAUGUAAAAAAAAAAAUUGAUUUUUUGAACCCGUCACACCGGGCUGCUACCUUAAGUCAAGUCAUAAAUUCUGCGGAUUUUCUAUAAUACAACUUUUUUGACUCGCCCAACUUUUGCUUUGAAACCAGAAAAUGUCGAGUCUGUCCUAAAAAACAAAAAAAAAAAAUUAAAUUAAA